UCUCAGCUACAAACAUCAGCAAAACUACAGAAGUGGCUAUACAGUAUCUUCCUAAAAAUGUGAGGCGAAUAUGACGUGCCGCUAAAGACCUGUGGAGGGCAGCAAUACGCCUACUGGAAGAAAAAAAAUAGAAGAAGACGACGCUCCUUCUGAUUGGAUGAACAUACCGGAAGUGUGGUGACAACCUCAUAUAGUGGUUUUGGGUGGGAAAAAGAAUUGGACAUUAUACGUGCAAUAUAAAAACUAUAUUUAUAAUCCGCAGUAAUUACUGCGAUAGAAGAAGGAGUAAGCAGAUGUUUACCAAGCGAAUAGUGGUUUUAGAAUUUACGUCACUUGGGAGUAUUUUGGUUUAUUAGCUAAAAAGUAAACUCUCCUUGUUGUUUUGCUAGCAUGCUAGCUCACUAGCCGAUCCAUUUGUUGCAGUCCAAAUACUAUUUUCAUGACAAAUACUAUUUUCAUGCCGGCGAGUCACGCUAACUUUUCAACUUGAAGAAAAACAGGCUUCAUAACUACACACACGCACGGGCUAAUUAAAAGGCGUCAAAAAUGCCCGAAAUCAAAGUGCAGCACGUGGUGUCGUGCAGCAGCGAGGACAAUACGCACAAAGCAGACAACUUGCUAAGCUCCGACACCUACAGGAAGUGGAAAGCGGCCAGAGCCGGAGAGAAGCAAACUUCAGUCAUCCUGCAGUUGGAGAAGGAGGAACAGGUGCACAGCAUCGACAUCGGGAAUGAAGGCUCGGCUUUCGUUGAGGUGCUGGUGGGAAAUUCCUCCUCCGUCCGAGAGCAGGACUAUGAGGUGUUGCUGGUCACGUCGUCCUUCAUGUCGCCAACAGAGAGCCGUAACGGCACCAACAUGAACAGGGUGCGCUUCUUUGGGCCCAGCCAGCUGCAGAAGAGCACGGCACAGGAGAAGUGGGACCGGGUGAAGAUUGUCUGCAGCCAGCCUUACAGUAAAAACAUCGCGUAUGGACUGGCCUUCGUGACGUUCCAUUCACCUCCAGACAAAAACGACCCUCCAGUGACGUCCCCGAAACUGACCAAGCUGGGUCAGUUUCGGGUAAAAGAAGACGCUCCCCCAUCAGGCUCCAACCUUCAGCCCGGCAGUUUGUUUUUCAGCCGAGACAACGCGGCCAAGUCCAGCGCGUCCCCUAAAGCGUCCCCUCAGAGUAACAAGUUGAGCUACGCCACCGCCACCCUGCAGGCCUCCGGGCCCGCCUCCUCGUCAUCAGGCCACGCCUCGUCCUCCAGCUCUGCCUCGCCACAGCUUCCUGCAAAGAGAAAGUUUGAGUUCAGCAAAGAACGGCAGUCUGCCCCCGGUCUCCCUCCCGCCAAGAAAACCAGCCCUGGCAGCUCUCCAGAGUUCAAACCGGCGACCCCCAAACUCAAGAGCAGCACGCCGAGCCCCUGCCCCCCCAAAGCCUCACCAGCGAAGGCGGCUGUCUCCACUGAAAAAAAGCGGGCCAGUUUGCCUAAAGCCGAGGCCAAACCCAAACCGAGUGUGGAGCAAGUCCCCUUCAAGCGCAUCAUGGAGGGGGUGGUGUUCGUCCUCAGCGGCUUCCAGAAUCCUUUCAGAGGGGAGCUGAGGGAAAAGGCGCUGGAAAUGGGCGCAAAGUACAGACCUGACUGGACGCCCGACUCAACGCACCUAAUCUGUGCCUUUGCAAACACGCCAAAGUACAGCCAGGUGCAGUCGGCAGGGGGCAUAAUAGUGCGGAAGGAGUGGGUGAUGGACUGCCAUAAAAGGAAACAGAAAAUCUCCUACAAAAGGUAUUUGAUGGAUGGCACAGAGUCGAGCUCAGAGAGUGAAAUGGAGGUGGACGACCAGAGCGAGGACGAAUUGGGCACCAAGAUGCCGCCCAAGCCGCAGAGGCCGGUCGCCCUCAAAAAGGAGUCAGAAGAGAGGAAGGUAGACGAGUAUGCCGCCUCCACUGAUGUGGAUGAUGAGCCAGACGCUGAUGACGACUCCGCUGCAGACACGGAGGACGAGCUGCAGAGGGUGGAGACGGAGAACAAGCAGAAGAAAGUGGCGGCAAAAGAGGAGGUUCCGGAUUACGGUGGCUCCACGGACGAGAACACAGACGCUGAGGAGGAACAGGAUUAUCCCAUCCCGGAACUUCCAGACUACCUUAAAGGGAAGCACUUUUUCCUCUACGGGAAGUUCCCCAACAACGAGAGGCGACUACUGACGCGCUACAUCGUCGCCUUCAAUGGCGUGCUGGAGGACUACAUGUCAGACAAGGUGCACUUUGUGGUGACCAGCGAAGGGUGGCAUGACUCCUUUGAGGAUGUGAGUUCAACAGGCUUUGUUGUUGUUCUUUCUCCUGUUGCUUGGAAACCAUCCCUCCAUUGUAGAUAAAGAAGCUCUGAUGGACAACGGCAACCUGAACUUUGUCAAACCCGCUUGGAUUUACCGCAUCAACGAGCGCCAGAAGCUGCUGCCCUACCAGCCGUACACGGUGGUGCCCUGAAGAGCACCCCCCUCGACACCACCGCCGUCUUUUUUUCCUGUUUGUUUUUUCCCUGUCCCCUUAGGAGACGCCAUCCAAAGUUCUUUUCAUGAACCUUUUUUAAUGUUUAGAUAAGGUUUUUCUUUUCUUUUUUAACCUAAAAGGUGGCCGCAAAAGUCUGACGAUUUUUCCUUGUUUGGAGUUUUUAUCAACUCAUUUUAUCGCAGUGCCCUUCGGCUACCUCAGGCGGUCUGGAAAUGAGUCCUGGCUGUGUUGUGGCUGCCGGCGGCGCUGAUAAGAUGAGCUCACGCACGCGGGCGCCGCAAAGUAAGGUGAAAGGUUCUAGUUAUGCGGGGACGACUUUGUUUAUCUCCCUCCGUGAAAGCCGAGGAGGACCGUGUGUCUGCUUAUGGUCACAUCAAGCUGGCUUUAAGCGCCUUUUCUUUUUAUUUGUGUAAUAAAUAUGGUGACUUUGAGGGCAACGAAAACUCCUCUGUUGUCUUUAAGUCUUUCUGUUGUAAUAAACCGAAUAGAAUUUGAA